GCGGCGGCCAGUGCGGGCCGGGCCGGAGUCAGGUGGCGCGCGAGGGGACAUCGCCGGCCCAGGUGUGCCCUCCGUGAGGCUCCCGGCGCCCACGAUCCGGCCUGACCAUGGCGCCCCCGCGAAACGUGGUGAAGAUCGCCGUCCAGAUGCGUGACGCCAUCCCGCAGCUCAUCCAGCUGGACCAGGCGAAGCCCCUGGCCACAGUGCUGAAGGAGCUGUGCGACACGUGGAGCCUGGAUCACCCUGAGCGCUAUGCCCUGCAGUUUGCGGACGGACACAGGCGGUACAUCACUGAAAACAACCGCUCAGAGAUCAAGAACGGCAGCAUCUUGUGCCUCAGCACUGCCCCAGACCUGGAGGCUGAGCGGCUGCUGGGAGCCCUGCAGAGAGGGAGUCGUGAGGGCCGCCUGGAGGCCCUCCGACGCCUGGGUCAGCUGGCCCCGGACAUGACCUUUGCUCAGGAAGUCAUCAGCCGCGAUGGGCUUCAAAGACUAGGCAGCAUCAUCGAGGAUGGGGAGGACCUGGGGGAGGUGCUGUCCCUGGCACUGCAGGCCUUCUUGGAGCUCAUGGAGCAUGGGGUGGUGUCUUGGGAGAUCCUCAGCGCCAGCAUCGUGAGGAAGGUGGUGAACUAUGUGAACUUAAACCUGAUGGAUGCGUCCGUGCAGCCUCUGGCUCUCAGGCUGCUGGAGAGCGUGACCUUGAGCAGCCCUUCCCUGGGCCAGCUGGUCAAGAGCGAGGUGCCACUGGAGAGGCUGCUGGCCCACCUCCAGGUGAUGAACCAGCAACUGCAAACAAAAGCCAUGGCGCUGCUGACCGCCUUGCUGCAGGGGGCCAGCCCUGCUGAGCGGAAGCACAUGCUUGACUUCCUGUGGGAAAGAAACCUCCGCCAGUUCAUUUACAAGAACAUCAUCCACAGUGCUACUCCCCUGGGCGACGAGAUGGCCCACCACCUGUACGUGCUGCAGGCCCUCACGCUGGCGCUGCUGGAACCGCGCAUGCGGACUCCGCUGGACCCCUAUAGCCAGGAGCAGCGGGAGCAGCUGCAGGCCCUGCGCCAGGCUGCCUUUGAGUGUGACGGGGAGUCCCUGGGCAGCGGCUUGAGCGCCGACCGCCGCCGAUCCCUCUGUGCCCGGGAGUUCCGCAAACUGGGCUUCACUAACAGCAACCCCGCGCAGGACCUAGAGCGCGUGCCGCCCGGGCUGCUGGCCUUGGACAACAUGCUGUACUUCUCCAAGCAAGCGCCCAAUGCCUACAGCCGGUUUGUGUUGGAGAACAGCAGCCGGGAGGACAAGCAUGAGUGUCCGUUUGCCCGGAGCAGCGUCCAGCUGACCGUGCUGCUGUGUGAGCUGCUCCAUGUCGGGGAGCCCUGCUCUGAAACGGCCCAGGACUUCUCACCCAUGUUCUUUGGCCAAGACCACAGCUUCCACGAGCUCUUCUGCGUGAGCAUCCAACUGCUGAACAAAACUUGGAAGGAAAUGCGGGCCACGCAGGAGGACUUUGGCAAGGUCAUGCAAGUCGUGCGGGAGCAGCUGGCCCGCACGCUGGCCCUGAAGCCCAGCUCCCUGGAGCUCUUCCGAACCAAGGUGAACGCGCUGACCUACAGCGAGGUACUGCGGCUGCGGCAGACGGAGCGGCUCCAUCAGGAGGGCACGCUGGCCCCGCCCAUCCUGGAGCUGCGGGAGAAGCUGAAGCCAGAGCUGCUGGGCCUGAUCCGCCAGCAGCGCCUGCUCCGCCUGUGCGAGGGGACCCUCUUCCGCAAGAUCAGCAGCCGGCGGCGCCAGGACAAGCUGUGGUUCUGCUGCCUGACCCCCAACCACAAGGUGUUGCAGUAUGGGGACGUGGAGGAAGGUGCCGGCCCUCCUGCCCCCGAGAACCUGCCUGAGCAGCUUCCCGUGGCCGACCUCAGGGCACUUCUGAUGGGCAAGGACUGUCCCCACGUCCGGGAGAAGGGCUCUGGGAAGCAGAACAAGGACCUCUACGAGCUGGCGUUCUCGGUCAGCUACGACCGCGGGGACGAGGAAGCGUACCUCAACUUCAUUGCCCCCUCCAAACGGGAGUUCCACCUGUGGACAGAUGGGCUGAGCGCCCUGCUGGGCAGUCCCAUGACCAGUGAGCAGACGCGGCAGGACCUGGAGCAGCUGCUCACCAUGGAGACCAAGCUGCGGCUGUUGGAGCUGGAGAACGUGCCCAUCCCCGAGCAGCCGCCCCCCGUGCCCCCUCCACCCACCAACUUCAACUUCUGCUACGACUGCAGCAUUGCUGAACCUUGACGGUGCGCCUGGCCCGGGCUUGGGCUGCUUCACCCCCAGAGGGGGGCGGGUGGCAGGGUGAGAGGCGUGGGCCUAGGCAGAGGCAAUAAAGGG